UAUACAACACAAAUUAAAGAUACAAUUUUUGUAUGAUUUAGAUUUUUACGUGCGUAACCAGGUACUGAAUAACUGAUGCGGAUUGAUCUAACUGAUAACACGUGUAACCUCGAACUAUAAUUUUAUAAUAACCAUGCGAUAUUAUUAUUGCCCGCAGGUUUAGAAAAUUGUUUUACCGGCAAUAAAGUUAUUGAUUAGAUCGUAAUAUGGGAAAGGCAUCAAAGGACAGACGUGAUAUAUUUUACCGUUUAGCCAAGGAACAGGGAUGGCGAGCCAGAAGUGCGUUCAAACUACUACAGGCAGAUGAAACGUUUAAUUUGUUGGAGGGCUUAACACGUGCGGUGGACUUAUGCGCAGCACCUGGAGGAUGGUCACAGGUUUUAUCGAAGCGUAUGUACGAACCGCGAUCGGAGAAAGACCGGGAGCAAGUAAAAAUAAUUGCUGUGGACAUGCAGGGUAUGGCACCAAUCGAUGGCGUGACUCAAUUGCGGGCCGACAUUACUAAGGAGUCAACCGCAGAGGAAAUUAUUAAAUUUUUUGAUGGCAAAAAGGCGGAACUGGUAGUCACUGAUGGGGCUCCCGAUGUCACCGGUUUACACGAUUGGGAUGCCUACAUGCAGGCAGAACUAUUAUUGUCAGCUUUAAGCAUUGCAACCUACAUUCUCGAAGAGGGCGGUUCGUUCAUGGGCAAAGUGUAUCGAGCAGCAAACACCAGCCGCGUGUAUUUACAGCUGCAGCGAUUUUUUAAGGAUGUGUGCCUCUUCAAGCCAUCCGCUUCACGCAACUCAAGCAUCGAGGCAUUUGUGGUAUGUCGUCAAUUUACCAUGCCUGAAGGUCAUGUACCAUGCAACUUGACGUUGGAAUGGUUCGAUAAGCCGGAAGAGGCACUGAAAAACAUUUCGGGAAAAAUGGAAAGAACAAUCGUGCAUUUGCCAUUUGUGGGACACCAGUGUGAAUAUGAUGCGGAUCUAAGCUACGAGCUGGAUAAAGAUUAUAUUACACACGAUGCUGUACAAAAGCCACUGACAGCCGCCUAUCGGGAAGUGAUAGAGAAAACAAAAUCUAUAAACCUCAAAUACAAUUAUUUCGUUGUUCGCCACGACGAGGAGGAAACAUCUGCAGAGCCAAGUACAAGUAGUAAAAGUAGCAGGGCUUACGUUGUUCCAGACGACGAAGAGGACACUUCUCCUGUACCAAGAAGAAGUAUUAAAAUUGGCAGUAUUUUCGUUGGUCGUCACAAUCAGGAGGAAACAUCUGCAGAGCCAAGUAAAAGUGGACUUUAA